AUGUCGAUCGCGCCGCAGGCCAUUCAUUCCAACCUCUCGCGCCCGCACCCCACCGACUCGCGCCUCCUCCAGAACCUCAUCAAGGGCGAAAAGAGCUACAUUGACAACCUCGCCUCUAGCUCGGCGUCCGCCUAUGCCGCCGCCAGCGCUCUAGCCGCCUGGGGCACCUCGGAGGCGCCCGACAUCGCCCGCGCAUCCCAAGCGCUCGCAGAGGUGCUCGCGUCGGUCGCAGACGCAGAGAGGACCCACGUCCAGGCGCUCGAGGGCUACCGGAGCGCGCUCAAGGAUGUCCUCGACCGCGAGCAGAGCAUCCGAUCCGUCGUGCGCGACCGCGACAUCCUCGUCGGCCGGCUCAUCAAGGCCAGCAAGAAAAAGGUCGGCAAGAAGGAUCACGGGCUCAGCUACGAUGAGCGCAACGAAAAGGUUCUCGCCGCGCAGCGCGAGCUCCAUGCCUGCGAGCAGGUGCUCGCCAGCGAAGAGGCCGCCCUGGUCGGCGUCAAGCGCAGGACAUUCAAAGAGGCGCUCACCAUGCGCAUGAAGACGCUCGGCGAUGCCGGCGCGGCCAUGGUCGACGCAGCAAAGGAGGCGAUUCUGCUUCUGGACGAGUUUGACACGCACGGCCCGCUCCUCCAGGCCAGCGGAGGCGGCCAGUACGAGAGCAUGUACGCCGACGAGGGCGUCGAGCACGGCGAGUACGAUGAUCACGGAGCGGAGCCAGACUUCCACGCUGGCGGCGGCGAGCACGGCGGGCACGACCACGCUGCCGUAAACGGCUCCGGUCUGAUCCCAGACGGCCAUGGCGGGUUCCUCAAGGAUGUCCAGGACCACCGCGAGCUGGACCCGCGCUUCUCGCAGCAAUUUGACAUUGCCUCGGUCACGCCUUCGCAGUCCGCAUCGCAGGUGGUGCACAACGAUCGCAACGCGGUGCCGCUGGGCCAGAGGUACACCUCGCAGUUCAACGACGUCGCGGAGCAGGAGGGCACGCCCUCCGACACAGACAGCGAGGAAGACUACAGGCGCGCCUUCAUCGAGCCCCGCAUGAACCUCCCGGCCCCGCACGAAUUUGGCGUGGCAGCAGAGACCCAGGACUCGUACAUCCCACAGUCGGCUGCCGCCGCCAACGCAAGCCGCUCCAACACGCGCAAGGCCAAGAAGGGCUCCAGCGGCCGGGCGCCCGCAGGCGGUCCAGCGCCCUCGCUUCCCGCCAAGGACGCCAUGCCCUCGGUCCCGAUGCCUCCGGUCCCGAGCGCCCCUCGCCUCGACGUUGCACAGGCGAGGAACUUUGGCCACAUCCCAACAGCUCCUCCGCCCCAGACCGGCCGCGACGACGACACGUCGGAUGAUGAGACGCAGCCCAGGCGGAGCAGCUCCAACUGGGGACCUCGACCAGGACGCGUCAGCUACCAAGGUCCCGGUCGCGGACCCGCAAACGGCUCUGAAGAUGGCAUCAGCUACUCGGUCAAGCGCAGCGACUCGAUUUUUGGCAAGGUCGGGAAACUCUUCAAGACCGACCUGCGGGACCCUCCAUCUCGGGAGCGGGAGUCUUGGGAUACGCGGACUGAUCGCCUCUUGCAGACGCAGGACAACAAGCGCAAGGGCAUGAUCCGUAGGGCUGAGCCGGACAGCUCCGACGAGGAGCCUGAUCCGCGCACUCUGGUCCGCCACGUCAACAACUCGAAGCCGCUCUGGGGCCGUGAGACCAACAGCGACGUCGGCAUGAAGGGCAAGUUCAUCCGCACUCCCAGCGUCAGCAGGAUCACACCCGGUCCGCUGAGCAACCGAGCGCAGCAGGAGGAGGACGAGAAGCUGGCAGCCAUCCGCGCGUCCGUUGUGGGCAACGGAUUCGCCGGCCAGACGUCCAACUCCGGCAUCGCCAGCGGUGCCGCCAGCGUCCGAUCCAGCGGCACCAAGACCAAGAAGAAGAAGAAGAAGAAGCCUGCGACCGCUGGCAGCGAGAUCGGCACCGCGCCUACGAGGACCAGCGCCAGCGCUGUCCCGGCCGUCCCCACCCAGGUCGUCGUGCCCGGCGAUGCGAGCGCGGGCGUGCGUCACGCUGCCGCGCCCGCUCAGCCCGGGCUCUCGCGCAGCUCGACUCUGCAGAGUUCCGCAGGCAAGAAGAAGAAACGCACAAGCGUCCUCGCCUCGAGCGGUGCCGAAGCCGGCGCAUCAAGCCCCCUGACCGCCUUCACGCCGUACGAGGGCAAGUACAGCACUGCCUCGUGGGUCGGCAAGCCCGCCAGUCAGAUGACGGCGGCCGAGGCCGUGGCCAUGGCCGGCGUUGUCCCCAAAGCUCCUUCGUCGCGACCCCAGUCGAGCUCGCAGCGCAGCCCGGCCUUGGAUGGAGGCCUGCAGCCGUCUUCCCGCCCCGCAUCGAUCAGGUCGUCGGCCAGCAAGACUGCGCCCUUGAAGCCAUCGCUCAAGGCGCCGAGCCUCAGCCGCGCCACGAGCAACAGCAGCUCCUUCUCUCCCAAGAAGGUCACGCCCACCGCUCCGGCCCAAUCUUCUUCGCUCCGAAACGAGACGACGCCGGUGCAGGCGCCGCCUCCGCAGCCUCAGAUGGCACCCGUCCCAACGGCACCUGCUCCCGUCACUUCAACGAAUGCAGCCGCCGAGGCUGUAGCUGCAGCGACCAAGCCUGCAGUCAGCAGCGGUGCCGCAGCUCAGCCUGCCACUAUCAAGCCACCUGUCACGACGAGCGCGGAGGCCAAGGCCACCGUUUCUCGUCCUGUCCCGAGCCUGGGCAAGGACGAUGCCAUCGACGGAACUGGACAUCUCGACCUGCCCGUUGGUCGUGCGACGUCGGCAGAGGCCGGACCGCAAGGCGGCGUGGCUCAGUCGGGCAGCACUGUCGAGCCUCGAGAUGCUACCAGUCAGUCAAGCAAGACGCCGAUGCCCAAGCUCGAUAUGCCCAACUCGGAACCGUUCAAGAUCGACCUCGAAAACCUGUCGAGGGCCGAGCUGCAGCGCCGCGGCUCGGCCUUGACCGAGUCCAGCGAGCCGUUCAUGACGCCGUCGGCCGAGGAGACCUACCGCGCGUUUGUCCGAGCCGAUGAGGCCAACCCGCAGCCGACGGAGCCCGAGGUAUCCAAGCCGGCCGCCGCAGUCACUCGGGUGACCGACCGCAAGGUCUCUCUGCAGCCGAGCCGAGUCUACGGCGUCGGCGCGCCCGACAUCAGCGACACCUCCUCCGAGGAAGGCUCGGCCUCUACGCACCAGCCCGGUCACGAUGUCCGAGGCAGUCAGGGUGCUGUCCAGGCCGCUCAGGUCCAGGCCAAUGCCAGCCUCGCGGAUCCGGAGCACCGCCUCGAUCCAGUCCUGACUGGCCUGUCCGCGGCGGCGGCGGCGCCCCCGAUCUCGGCUGCUGCCGUUCUCCCGGAGCAGGCGGAGACCGGCAAAGACGCUGGUAUGCUGACGGUCUCGCCCAGCAAUGCCCACAGCGACCUUUCCGACGGCGUGGCCAGGCGAAAGAGCGUCCGCAUGGCUCCGGACACCAAGCUGCCCCCGGACACUCCGACCGAUGAUUUUGCCACGCCCAAAGGAAACGAAUACGGCGGCCAGGACCCGAUGGCCGUUCGAUCCGGCCAGACACCGUCGGCCCUGAGCAGCCGCAUCGCGCCCCCGCCUGCCGCCCCCGCCCGCGUGUCGACCAAGGCCGACGGGCCGGUCGAUCUCGGUGCGAGUCGCGAGCGAUCUGGGUGGUCUACGCGUAUCCGCGACCAGCCUAACGACUCGUCGAGCGACGAAGAGGCAGACGACGACGACGGCUACUCGCUGGCGCGCAAGGCGUUCGGCUCGGCGAGCAAGAGCUGGAGCGAGGCGACGGGUGGCAAGCCAUCCAAGUCGUCCAAGGCGGCCUCGGUACGCUCAAAGGUCUCGACCUCGUCCAAGAAAAAGGCAAAGAGGCCUACGGCCGCUUCAGUGCUUGCGCCUGCGGCGACCGGUGGCGAUGCCGCCUCGGUCGCAUCGGCUCCCGCGUCUGCACAGGCACCGCCUUCGCUCUUUUCGAUCAGCGCGCCUCCCCCUCUGUCGCAGACGAGCGAACUUGCCCAGGGCACGAGCCCGCAGCCCCAGGCUCAAGCCCAGUCUCAGGCGCCGGGAACCGGUGCAGGCGGCUACAUGACCUCGGCCGAUCUUCCGUCGUCGACGAGCGAGAGCAAGCCGGUCAUGCCGCCCGUCCCUCAAGCCCCCGGCGUCACCGGGCAGAGUGCGAUGACCGUCCCCGCCGCGCCGCCGCCGGCCGCUGAGUCUUCGUCGGGCGGCAAAGCACGCGGCUUCUUUGGCAAGCUCAAGAAGUUCAAGUAG